AUGAAAAAUAACUGCAGCUGGGGUCACCUCACAGAUUCUGGCAAUUAUUGCAAAGAGAUGCCUCCAUUUAAUUUUGAUAAACCAUCUGAGAUAAAGGGUCUAUUUACUUUCAUGGAUGUGGCUAUAGAGUUCUCUGAGGAGGAAUGGGACUGUCUGGACUCUGCUCAGAAGGCUUUGUACAGAGAUGUCAUGUGGGAGAAUUACAACAACCUGCUUUCUGUGGCUCUGAAUUGUGAUCAUUCUAAGAAGCUAUUUCCAACGGUAUUUACACAGGACUAUAUUCAGAAGAUAAUAACACAAAGAUAUACAUGUAAUAGCCUUUCAGCUCUACAUAGAGAGAAAUUCUGGGACUCCAGACCUGGAAGUGAAGACUGUGAAAUAUCUUAUUAUAGAAAUGAUCUGCUUGCAAAACACAUCUGUUUCACUCCUGAAACAGAUCAGGAAACUCCAGAUACUCCUCCUGAGAGAACUCAGUCCUCAGAUCUUAAGACUCACUUCAGAAUUUCUACUCAAGGAACAACUUACAAAUAUAAUGAAUGUAUGAAAUCCUCUAUGCUGUUCUCAAGACUUAAAACUCAGGACAGAAUCCAUACAAGAGAUAAACUCUACAAAUGUAAUGAAUGUUGAAAAUCCUUUACAAAUUCCUCAAACCUUCAUGUUCACUGCAGAAGUCAUACUGGAGAGAAACCUUACAAAUGUAAUGAAUGUGGCAUAUCUUUUACAAAUUCUUCAGGUCUUAAAGUUCACCAUAGAAUCCAUACUGGAGACAAACCUUACAAAUGUAGUGAAUGUGAGAAAUCUUUCACGCACUCCUCAAAUCUUAAAAUUCACAGAAUCCAUACUGGAGACAAACCUUACAAAUGUAAUGAAUGUGGGAAAUCUUUUACACACUCCUCAAAACUUAAAGUUCACCACAGAAUCCAUGCUGGAGACAAACCUUACAAAUGUAAUGAAUGUGGGAAAUCUUUUCACAUACUAGAGACCUUACAACACUACAGAAUCCAUAAUGGACACAAACCUUACAAAUGUACUGAAUGUGGGAAAUUUUUUACAUACUCCUCAAGUCUUAAAAGUCACCAGAGGUCACAUACUGGAGACAAACCUUACAAAUGUACUGACUGUGGGAAAUCUUUCACACAGUCCUCAAGUCUUAAAAUUCACCACAGAAUCCAUACUGGAGACAAACCUUACAAAUGUCAUGAAUGUGGGAAAUCUUUCACACAGUCCUCAAGUCUUAAAAUUCACCACAGAAUCCAUACUGGAGACAAACCUUACAAAUGUAAUGAAUGUGGGAAAUCUUUCACACAGUCCUCAAGUCUUAAAAUUCACCAGAGAUCACAUACUGGAGACAAACCUUACAAAUGUACUGACUGUGGGAAAUCUUUCACACAGUCCUCAAACUUAAUUCACCACAGAAUCCAUACUGGAGACAAACCUUACAAAUGUAAUGAAUGUGGGAAAUCUUUCACACGGUCCUCAAGUCUUAAAAUUCACCAGAGAUCACAUACUGGAGACAAACCUUACAAAUGUACUGAAUGCGGGAAAUCUUUCACACGGUCCUCAAGUCUUAAAAUUCACCACAGAAUCCAUACUGGAGACAAACCUUACAAAUGUCAUGAAUGUGGGAAAUCUUUCACACAGUCCUCAAGUCUUAAAAUUCACCAGAGAUCACAUACUGGAGACAAACCUUACAAAUGUACUGAAUGUGGGAAAUCUUUUACACACUCCUCAAGUCUUAAACUUCACAAUAGAAUCCAUAGUGGAGACAAACCUUACAAAUGUACUGACUGCGGGAAAUCUUUCACACAGUCCUCAAAACUUAAACUUCACCACAGAAUCCAUACAGGAGACAAACCUUACUAA